UUGUUGUAAGCUUCAUCUUGCUUGUUUGGGUGUAACCUCUUGGGGUACGGAUUACAAAAGCCCUGUUCGGCGCAGUGUUUUUCCAGUCCAAGCAAACCGCCGACCAAAAAAAAAAAAAUUUCUCCAAACGUUAUUCAGGAAAUUCCGCCAAAUAACUCCCACUACUCCGUAGAUAGCUUAGAUAUAACCAGCCAAUUCAACCUUCCUUUCUAUAACUUCCAUUCACUUGACACCCAGGCGUAAGGAAUGCCGCUCUCUCUCCCUCGUCUGCUCACCAGUGCGCCCCGUCUUGCCUCUGUACGACUCAAUCCCUCCCCAUCCACCGCUCGGGCUGCCCGCGCGCACAUAUUCCCGCACCAACAGCGACCACCCCGCCACUACCAACAACAGACCGCCUCCUUUUCCUCCCGCUCUCAACUCUCUUCCCCCACCUCCUCCAGCACCACUCCAAACAGACCCCCGCCCCGAAAACCCUCCUCUUCAGAGUUCAAAAUCCUCCCCUGCAUCAUAAUCAUCCUGAUCGGCAGCGGCUCCUACGCCCUCCUCGUCCAAUCGCGCGCUCCGAAAAAUGUCGUCCCAGCAGAAGACAGCGACAGCUGAAGCCACAGCAGACUCAAUCUCAAUCCCCGCUGAACUCACCCCGCCUCUCUCCUCCACCAAUACCACCCCGAAAUUCUCCCCGGACGCCGUCACCGUAAUCUUCGUCCUCGGCGGCCCGGGUUCAGGCAAGGGCACCCAAUCCGCCAACCUCGUCCGCGAUUACGGCUUCACGCACCUGUCUGCAGGCGACCUGCUGCGUGCCGAACAACAACGCGCCGGCUCGCAAUAUGGCGACCUGAUCCGCCAUCAUAUUCGCGAGGGCAUAAUCGUGCCUAUGGAGAUUACCGUGGCGCUGCUGUCAAACGCUAUGUCUGAGACCCUCGAACGGGCAAGAGCGGAGAGGGCCCAACUAGAACAAGACCAACAAAAGAACUCCCCAUCCAGUCUACCCGCACGUUUCCUCAUCGACGGCUUCCCGCGCAAGAUGGACCAGGCAACCUUCUUCGAGGAGACGGUAUGUCCCUCCGCGGCCACACUAUUCCUCCGCUGCCCCGAGGACGUCAUGCUGGACCGGCUGUUGAAGCGCGGCGAGACGAGCGGGCGUGACGAUGAUAACAUUGAGUCUAUCCGCAAGCGGUUCCGCGUCUUUGAGGAGACGAGUAUGCCGGUUAUACACCACUAUGAGAAGGAGAGGAAGGUGGUUAGUGUGGAAGCGGUGGGGACUAUGGAGGAGGUUUAUGCGCGGAUUAGGGAGGGUGUGGAGAAGAGGGGGAUUACGCGGGUAAAGGGGUCUGGGGAGAAUUGAUUGUGAUGGGAAGGGAGAGAUAUGAAUAUGGUGACCCUCCCUUUUACGGGGCGAUGGGUGGACCGGUUGAAGAACGUGUGCAAGGGAGUGCGCACGGCUUGAUGUUAUUAUUUAUACUGCGGAUCUUAAAUUCCUUUUUGCGAAGCAUGGCGGGUUGAGAUGGAUAUUGAUUUUUCUCGCACAUAGAUAGACGGAUUUCCCCCCUCAAUAAUACUCCUACCUUUCGAAUUUAUUAAAGACAUUUCGAUCAUAGGGGCUCUCUUGGAAACAGCGAGCUCUGAAUGAACGUAUGGUGACAUUUGCGUAGGGCAUUGUCCACGCAUGCAACUGAGCCUCCGCCGUCUUCCGAGUCGCCCAAGAGAAGCUCUGGCGUCGGUUUCUUAAUAUCGUGUAGGAACGAACGUUCGAACCCCUUCCCGCAACAUAAACGACAUUUAAUAUCUUGUAUCCGCUCUGGUUAGGUCCUGCCAUUGUCUUGUCUUCCUACUUCGAAAACCGCAGUCCUUCCUGUCCUAGUCCAUCUCCCUCUUGCGGUAUUGAUAUUAUUGUAUGUAGCUGCAUGUGUAAAUUACGGUGGGUGCAGUAAAGAUUAGACAUGGAUAUAACUUUUCAAACAGGCCGAAGCAGGGAAAGAAGGGGCAUAAGGAGGUAAUUUAGACGAACGUCCUAAUUUUGCACUUUUCCCGGUUUGAACCCUUCAUGUAUAAUAUUUUAUCAAUAAUCAGAUCUAUUUUCGUUUUUAC